GAGUGCCAAGUGUAAGAUUCCAUACAUAGAUCCCUUCGAGCCGGCGGCUAUGGCCGUUUUUCAUCCCGAAAAGUUCGAGGUCUGCUCCAACGAUACCGCUCUGGUGACCCCCAUCUAUGAUGUCAUACGCCAACGGUAUGUUCUGCGUAUCGAUGAGGCCCUCGCAACCCGCUUACUGAACUCCAGUGAUUCCGAGUACAACUGUCAUUACCAAGAGAUAAUACGCGAUAAGAACCACGACAGUUAUGACAAAAAAGAGCGAAAAUAUUUUUCUCAGAAUUUUGAGGUGCCUCUACACGUGCGAGGCCUUAUUGUGGAGUGUCACCGCCUUGGCAACGACUCCGAUGUACUUCAGAGUGAUGCCUAUAUCUUGAUUCAGCAUAAGCCGCCCCCGCUAGGUCUAUCCCUGGAGCCGGCAAAGAGGAAGCCCAGUGUACUUAUGUUUGGAAUAGAUAGCCUAUCGCGUAUCAAUCUGCGACGCACCAUGCCCAAAGUAUACAAUUUCCUGACCGGCAGUGGCUGGUACGAAAUGCAGGGUUACAAUAAGAUAGGGGACAAUACCUUCCCGAACCUAAUGGCCAUAUUGACUGGCUACGAUUCGGACUCGGCGCUGAAGAAUGUCUGCAAUUGGCAUGAGAAAGGCUGUUUGGAUGAAACUCCCUUCGUAUGGAAGUACUUCAAGAACGCAAGCUACUUUACCGCCUAUGCUGAGGACGAAACUGGUAUGGAAACUUUCAAUUACUGUAGGCCCGGCUUUGUGGAGCAGCCCACUGACUAUUACGGACGACCCAACCACAAGUCUUUUGAGGCGGGCCUGAAAAAGUGGAAGUGCGAGAGCUGCUCCAUGAGUUACUGCAUAGGUCGCCGCAUAACCAGCAGCUAUGUGUACGACAUGGCCAAGGAAUUUGCCAGGCGAUACGUCGACAAACAACCCAUUUGGGGGCUGUUUUGGUCCAACAGCUUCAGCCACGACAGCUUCCAAAUGCCUUCGAAAAUGGAGGACUAUGUGCUGCAGUACCUGCUGGAUUUUGAGGCCGACGGUGUAUUCGAGCACAGCAUUAUGAUAUUCAUGUCAGAUCACGGGUCACGGUAUGGCAAAAUAAUGUCCUUACCCAGCGGGUUUCUGGAGGAGCGUCUGCCAACGAUGUUUAUUUACCUUCCGCCUUGGUUUCGGGCCCAAUAUCCGGAGUACGCUAACGCCCUUGAGGUGAACAUGAACCGAUUGUCUUCCAACUAUGAUUUGCACAAUACCCUGAAGCACAUUAUAGAGCUGGGCAGUCCUGACGAGCCGCAUCUGCCUCGGGCCCACGACUGUCCCAAAUGCCAAUCUCUGUUCAAACCAUUACCUGAACUCCGCGUUUGCGAGGAUGCCGGAAUCCCAGAGCAUUAUUGCACCUGUGUGCCUUACCAGAGGAUUAAGGCAGGCUGGGCCGACCGGAUCGCACCCUUGGUAAUGGAAAAGAUCAACGAGUACUUGGCUGACAGGAACAUCAGCGACAUUUGCUCAAAACUAACACUAAGUUAUGUUCAUAGAACGGAGAUAAAAGUCGAUCUGGACCAAGACUUUCACGACAUCGAUCGCAUUAGGGAUGUGGCCAUUUAUCGGACAAAGUUCAAGGUCAAACAGAACUCUGCGGACUUCCAGGCCACUGUCGUUUUUAAUAACGUAACGGAAACCGUCGAGGUCGAUGUACCAAAAAUUAGUCGCACCGAUUCAUAUGCGAAAGUGUCGACCUGUGUCGAAGAUAAGACCGAUAAGAUGUAUUGCAUUUGCAAAAGUGAGAUAAAAGACCAAUGAAUUUAAUUGCUUAGUUAGUUAAUUAAAAAAAUAACAGAGUGCAUGAACACUGUGGCUGUGUUAGAAAUAUUAGCAAAGAAAUUUUAAAAAGAGAUUUGAAUUUCAUAGUAUUAAUAACUCUAGUAU